UUACUAUGUUUAGAGAGUACGAUGUGAUCGUCGACAUGGGGUGCGGCUCCGGGUAUUUGACCCAACUAUUGGCUCAUAAAGUAAAAUACAGGCAAAUAAUAGCCAUAGACAGCGACCCAACACUAGUCGUGGAGGCCCAGCGCCGCUACACCACUGACACCAUCCGAUACCUACACCAAGACUUAGACAAACCGUGGGAUGAAUGGCGGCCUGAGCUCCGGGCCCUCGAAUCCACCGCAAACCUGAUUGUGUCAAACAUUGUGUUUCAGGCCAUAGAAGAUAAGACUCGGCUAAUGGAUGUGUUGGUCCACCUGUUGGCCUCCGGGGGGCGAGUGGUGGCCCGUUUUGGACAGACACCCGAUCUGAAUGCGAAACUCACUGAACAUCAGCGCCGAAAGUAUCGCUUGUUUUUAAGACGUAUUCAACGGAUGAACACUACGAUCACUGGUCGACAGCCGCCCACCAGAAGAGUCUGGGAGUCAAACAGUUUGCCGUUUUUGACAAUUUCCGUACGAUUACACGACAGCAUAUGA